AUGAAAGAAAGCAAGAAUAGCAACGACGAAUGCCAUGAGUUCUAUGAAGACGAAGCAAUACACAAAUAUGUACAAAUGCUGAACAGUGUGGAGACGAUCUGGAAAGAUAGGCGCAGAGUCAUGAGCAUGCAUUUUGGCGAGCUUUACAUCUACAACAUAGAUGAUCUGGAGGAUAAGUCAGCAACAGUCAAAAGGCUCAUCAAUCGAGAAGUAUCGUAUCCAAAUGCAUUUCUUGCUUCUUCUCUGGGAUUCAACAAGACCACAUGGAGCAGGGAUUAUGAAAGGACGCUGAGGGAGAUUGGAGUCGAUAAGCGCCCAGUGCACACAACCUUGAGGACAAUGCUAUUGUUUGAGAAACUCAAAUGGCUAGUUGUAUCGUAUCAUGAAAUGAAGAACAAAAGACGGGGCUAG